AUGGGUCUUAAACGGCGUGCCGAUGUCAUUGCUUCCGUCGAGAGAAAGAAACGAGACAAGCGACUAUCACCUCUGCAUCAGGAGGUUGGUGCCCUGGACGAUCAGAGUAGAGGCCACAUCGUUGCUGCGGGCAGUAACGUUGAAUCCGACGUAAAGAUGGAAGUCAAUUCUGAAGCCAAGGUCCGCUGGCGGGAGCUCAAAGCUGCGAAAACCGAAAGAGAGGAGAUCGAGCGAUUCAAGAGACAACAAGCGAGAACGCAUACGAAGGCCGAAGCUGCACACAACGAAGACUUGCACAAGGCUCGCCUAAGGAUGAUGCGAGCGCGAAAGGUUGGGUACGAGGCGGAACAAGAGACAGCACGGAUGCAGGAACCAGCGCAUGGUUUUGUACUGGAAGCGAACUGGAAUGUAGAGCAAGACACAUACGACCAAGCGGAACGCAAUGGCAACGAGGAGGGACCUGAAACAAAAAGAUCGAAAGGAUCGCCAACAUCGACCCCCACAGCAUCAUCCGCCAUCCACCCAAUAGCAGACACUCCCAAGAGAAAGCAUAGGCUUCUUGAUGAUUAUGGAGAUUGGAUUGCAUCCUCUGCUUUCAAGCGUUCUAUUCUUGAACGAACAGACUCGGCAAUUCUUCCAGAUGAGGAUCAGCAUCAGACCCCUCCACCUUCCACACCUUGGCGCAAUACGAAAAGACAGCGAAAUUCGCUCAAUGUCGACAGGAGUCGCAUCGACACACACUUCAUUUUAUCGGAUGAGUUCAUUGACGAUGUCAAUACAAUGCUCGACUUCGUAGCUGGCUGGCCGGAGGAGCACUUUACGGACAUCAGAUACUCUUUCAAGAAAGAUCCCGAAAAUCAAGAUCGAAGGAUAAAGUUUGCCCAUACGAGUGAUGGUGAGUGGGCAGUCCAUAUUCUGAAGCCGGUCAGUUUGGAACCAGAGAGACGACACGGUCUUGCCGAUGUGUAUACGCUCGACGACCUACCUGACAGUUGUCGAGAACAUGGUUGCAUCGAGGGAUGUCCACGCAAAAUCUCCCUGGAAGAGAGGAUAACCGACUUGAAAAAGUUCCGAGAAAGUCAGAACAACGGGGACCCUUUGAAUGCUAUGGCUGGUCCCAGGUCAUCACCUGAAGUACUGUCCGACACGCGUAUGAUGCCACCGCCGCCUAUACCCCCUCGUUCUGACAAGAGAAGACUUCCUCAGGGGGUUGGAAAUUUUAGGAUCAUGCCGACUCACCCUUCGGAAUCUUUCAUGACAGCGUACAAUCUUGAGCAACUGCAGCGGAGGAAUAUAUACAUGGAGAAUGAAAUCAGACAGCUCAAGAUGAAGUUGUCUCAAACGAAGGACCAAAUGUUUGGAGGCAAAGGUAUGGAAAUGUGGCCGCAGAAUGAUCCCGGGUCCGACGCUGGGUCCGACGCCUUUCAGAGCAGCCGGAAAGACACCUUUUUCGGCAAACUGGACUAUGGGCCUCUCGGCGGAAAGCUGGUGCACACCGACAGAAUACCCAGCGGUUCCAACUCCGUACGCGUUGAAGAGUACAUGUUGACCUCUGUAUUUGACAAACGGAGCAAGCUUCCAGAACUCAGGGACGGGGAUAUUCGUAACAGACCUCGGGAGGACUAUUACGCAGAAAGGCCACCGGCGAAGAGCCGUUCGGAGAGCGAAGGCAGCGCCACACCAUCAUCAGAAGAGAUGGAGAAGUCUCCCAGCGAUACUGCAGACCAGCCAUCAUCAAACACGCCAAGGAUCACGUUCCGUCCCCAACACGAACGCGAUCCUGAAGCCUACUAG